UGAUACUGCAUUUUGUAUCUGUAUAGUUCUAUAUAUAGUUGAUUUCACUAAAUCAUCCUGUAUAAAUCAAAUCCUGUAUAAACUAUAUUGUAAACAUUUAUGCUCUUUUUUGUCAGAUGACUAACUAUACUGAAACAUUGUACAAAAACAGCACGACCAACAUUCCUGAAUUUGUCCUACAAGGAUUCCCAGGAAUUCCUGCUGAGUAUUAUAGAUUGGUAGGAACCUUUUUCUUCUUCAUUUAUCUGAUGCUGGCAUCUGGGAACGUUUUCAUCCUUGCAUUUGUGGCAUGUGAAAAAAGUCUUCAGAAGCCAACGUACAUCAUCUUCUGUAAUCUUGCAAUAUCAGAUCUUGGAUUUGGAACUACAACUCUGCCCAGAAUCAUUGCUAGGUACUGGAUGUCAGAGAAGACUAUGCCAUUCAAUGGUUGUUUUACACAAAUGUUUUUUGUCCAUUAUUUUGGCUCUUGCACCUCAUUUCUUUUGGCAUUAAUGGCCCUUGAUCGAUUUGUUGCUAUAUGUAACCCAUUGAGGUAUCCAGUUCUGAUUAAAAACUCCAGGAUUGUGAUUUUUUGUUCAGGGCUUUGGAUAGGAAACCUAAUCCGGGUUGGUGUAAUUACUGCAUAUGCCCUUAGUGUGCCUUACUGUGGCCCAAAUAUUAUACGUCAAUGCUACUGUGACCAUAUUUCAAUAACUAACCUAGCAUGUGCAGACAUAAGAGCCUUGAGAGACACUAGUACUGCCAUUGCUAUGGCAGUAUUGUGGGGUCCUUUAUUUUAUAUAAUAUUUUCUUAUGUGGCCAUCAUUAUUUCAGUCAUGAAAAUAUCAAAUAAAGAGGGACGAUAUAAAACCUUUUUAACAUGUACUCCACAGCUGUUUAUCAUCUGCCUGUACUAUUUACCCAGAAGUUUUGUGUAUGUUGCAUCUGCUGUUGGAUUUCAAUUUGAAACAAACCUCCGCAUUGGAAUAAUAAUGAUGUACAGUCUUUUCCCUGCUCUCAUCAAUCCACUCAUAUACUGCUUUAGGACCAAAGAAAUUAAGGACACAUUAAUGAAGAAAUUAAAGCAAAGACAGGUGAGGGUAACUAGAAAAACUAUUUUAACUUAAAGAACAUUAUAUCUGAUUCAAAUAUUUUUCAUGUGUAAAUGAUCAGUAACCUAUUUCUAGUAAUUCUAGGUUUAUUAAAUACAGUAUACAAGAUAAAUGUUAUUAGUUGGAACUGAUUAAUCAGCCAGAAAGAUUGUAAACAUAUUCUGGAUUAAAUGGAAAUUAAAUGAACCUAUUGCAAAAUAUUUUUUUUAUAUAUGCAAGAUACAAUUGCA